AUGCGAGGGACAGCCAUCCCGGGCCCUUCCCGGGCCCCGCCGGAGGAAGCCCGCGGACCAGUAGCCGCCGGCGUGGCGACGAGGGGCCUGAGUUGGCUGUGGGCUCUUCCCGGGAUCGCGGGGGCUUCCAGGCCCCUGGACCUCUGGAAAACCCCAGAAGGGGCUAUGGAUUGCCGGGAAGUGAGCAGCCUGGCCCCCGCGGAGCGGUGCCCCUUCGUGCGGACCACGGCGGACUGCCAGACCGACGGCGGCUUCCUCAACUACCUCGACGGGGCCUACUGCCUCUUCCCCCCGGCCCUGACACCCCUGGCCGUCACCCUCUACGCUGUCUGGCUGCUCUAUCUCUUCCUGAUCCUCGGAGUCACAGCUGAGAAGUUUUUCUGCCCCAACCUCUCCGCCAUCUCCACUACACUGAAGCUGGCCCACAAUGUGGCAGGUGUCACCUUCCUGGCCUUUGGGAAUGGGGCUCCUGAUGUCUUCAGUGCGGUGGUGGCCUUCUCUGACCCCCGGACUGCCAGCCUGGCCCUGGGGGCCCUCUUCGGCGCGGGGGUGUUCGUCACGACCGUGGUGGCCGGUGGAAUUGCAUUGGUCAGACCCUUCCAGGCCGCCUCCCGGCCCUUCCUCCGAGACACUAUCUUCUACCUGGCUGCCGUCUUUGGGACCUUCACUGCCCUGUACCUCGGAAGAAUCACUCUGGCCUGGGCCCUCGGCUACAUCGGGCUCUAUGUCUUCUACGUCGUCACCGUUGUCCUCUGCACUUGGAUCUAUCGCUGGCAGCGCAACGCAGCCCUGCCCCAUUCCGCCCCUGGCACCCCGGAGCUCCUGGGGGACUCGGAUGAUGGAAGCCCCGCCGUGGCCCACAGCUAUGAGUACGAGGAUGAGUUCCAGCCCCUGCUCCCCUACGAGGAGACGACGGGGCAGAUACUGUGCCGGGCCAUCAACCCCCUGAACUACCGGACGUGGCGGAGGAAGCCCUGGUAUUGGAAACUCUUCAAAGUUUUGAAGGUGCCCGUGGAAUUGGUGCUGCGGCUCACGGUGCCCGUGGUGGACCCCGACAAGGACGAUCGCAACUGGAAACGCCCCCUCAACUGCCUCCAUCUGGUCAGCAGCCCCCUGGUGUGUGCCCUGACCCUCCAGUCCGGUGCCUAUGGGCUGUUUGAGAUCCAGGGCGUGUUUCCCGUGUGGGGCGUGGUUGUGAUCGUGGGGACCCUUGUCGCCACCGUCACCUUCUUCGCUACAUCCAACAAGGAGCCCCCAAGAUUGCACUGGCUCUUUGCAUUCCUGGGCUUCGUGGUCAGCGCGCUCUGGAUCAACGCAGCAGCCACCGAGGUGGUGAACAUCCUGCGGACUCUAGGAGUCAUCUUCCAGUUGAGCAACACUGUCCUGGGCCUCACCUUAUUGGCCUGGGGCAACAGCAUUGGGGAUGCCUUCUCUGACCUGACGCUGGCCCGGCAGGGGUACCCGCGAAUGGCCUUCUCAGCCUGCUUCGGGGGCAUAAUCUUCAACAUGCUGGUGGGAGUAGGGCUGGGCUGCAUCCUGGAAAUCACCAGGAGCCACGCGAACGUGAAGCUGGAGGUAGACGGGCUCGUGGCUUGGGUCCUGGCGGGGGCACUGGGCCUGAGCCUGGUGUUCUCCCUGGUGGCGGUGCCACUGCAGUGUUUCCAGUUGGGCAGAAGCUAUGGCUUCUGCCUCCUCCUCUUCUACGUGGCCUUCGUCACCGUGGCUCUGCUCACCGAAUUCGGGGUGAUCCGACCGGCCGCCAGCUGAGCCCACUCGGCGGGGACCCGGGAGACGCCCGACGGCAUCCCCCGCUCUCUGCCCGCCCGGAGUGGGUCUCCGAGAGAGAGAUGACAACCGCGGAGCUGCAGGCUGGUCCGGUCACCUACCCGCUGUGGGCCACCAGUCUCUGCCUCUCAGCUUGUGUGUGGACUCGUCAUCUGAAGCAGGGGUGUGACUCCCACUCUGGAACCACGAGUGGAUGGGACCUGGUAAUCCACAGGAGGGAGGCCGGAAAGGGACAGAAAACAAAUAACUUUCCUGCAGUCAACUGCUGGGUCAGGAGGCCUGAAGACCUCAUUACUCAGGGACCCCUGGAUUUACCGGGGAGGGAGGGAAGAUGGAUUGCUGCGGAUAGGCGUAUAAUAAACGGAUAUCAAAUCUA